AUGAGAGAUCGUUCAUCAUCUGAAGAAAACAAUUAUGUUAAAUAAUCUUCUAGUGUGAAAUAGUUAUAAGUUUAAAAGAACAAAUAGAGUAACUACACUUUUGAAGAUGGGCAGUAUUUUUUUGAAGUAAUACUGAUUUUUUUUACUAAAUUUUAAGUUAACUUCUUUAAAAAAACUAUCUGUUUCUAAGUUCAAAGGCAAUGUGAUGAUAAGUAUAAGAGAGUAUUUUAAUAAGGAUGGGUAGUCCUUACCAACUAAGAAAGGAAUAACAUUGCAACUCGAUAAUUGGGAGAAAGUUAAACAAUAUAUUGCUGAAAUUGAUGAAUGUGUAAAUAAAUUAAAAAAAUGA